GCCAAUGAGAGAGUGACCAAGGUACAUUUUCGUCUGCUAGAACAGCUGAUAUCUACCAAACGUCGAGUCAUAUUUCAGUUUGUUACCGUUAUGUUUUCGUAAAUUAUUGUCAUACGGUGACCAUGUUUAGGUCAAUUUUAAGUGCCCAGUUUAAUCUGGAUACGCGUUUUGAUCUCCACCGAGCAGUAACAGACAGCCAAUGGACUAUUCGCCAUUUAACAAAGUUCAAGACUCUUGCAGUACAUUCUGGAUGUGUCAAUACCAUCCAAUGGAAUCUGUCAGGAGAUCUGAUUCUUUCAGGAUCAGAUGACAGAAAACUAGCUGUAACUAGAUGGAUUGAUGGCCAAAUGACCAUGCAAGUCAAGGGCCUUCACAAAACUAACAUCAUGAGUGCAAAGUUUUUACCCCAGACGGGGGACAGACAAGCCGUGUCAUGUUCAGGUGAUGGGGUCGUAAUGGUUUCAGAUUUGGAAAAGGAGGAUGGCAGCUUACAGGAUGUUUUCAGAUGUCAUCAGGGUCCUGUUUAUGAAGUUGUCACAGUGGAAAGUGAGCCAAACACUUUUUUAAGUGUAGGAGAAGAUGGAACUGCUCGAUGGUUUGAUUUGAGGGCAACCAAAACUUGCCCAACUUUACGUUGCAAAGAGAAUAUACUUUUCAUCUGUCAAUCGUCAUUAUCAUCUGCAGCCAUUAAUCCCGUCCUUCCACAUGAAUUUGCAAUAGGAACAUCCGACAGUCAAGUUUAUGUCAUGGAUCGUCGGAAACUCAACGUUGGCUCUUUAGGUUCACCAACACAAUCGAUCGUGUCUAGUAUGAGAGUGCCCUCAUUGUCGAGCCAUUCAUAUCGAACUACAUCCGUCCAGUUUAGCCCAGAAGGUGAUCAAGUCCUUGCGAGUUUCUCGGGCGAAGGUGUUUACCUUUUUGACGUCAAGGAUCCGUCUUCGUAUUUACCUUUAAGUAUUCCUAAAUUCGAAUUGGAUGAGCAAUUCAGUGGAAAUGCAGACACAAACUCCUUGUCUCGGCGACGUGCUCGUCAAGGCAAUAGUUUUAAACGUGUUCGUUUGCGGGGCGAUUGGUCUGAUACUGGGCCUUCCGCCGGAAUGAGUAGAGCUGCUCCUGAUAUUGGACAAGCACGACCUACAGUUCACGAAGGUUUCAUGCAACGUAUGGCGGAUGUUUUGAGGUCCAUGACAAGCCUAAAUUCGCCGAGUGUCGCCUCCCCAUCGAGCCCUUUCGAAAACCCAACAGAAGAUCCCUCUUUUCCCGUUGCUGAAGCCAAUGUUUCCCUGGCUAAUUCCAAUGUUCGCGAUGAUGUGAACAGCAGAGAUGAAAUUGAUUUUGUAACAUAUGAAUCACUUGGAAGAUCAGAAAAUAUUCCGGAGAAUCAGCCGGAGAACAUGGAUGGUGGUAUGGACGAUAGUUCCACAAACUAUUCAGAUGACAGAAAUGAAUCGUUUCCUCCUUUCCGAAAUCGACAAGAUUCCGAACAAAGUUCCAAUGGAUAUUCCGUUCUAAGGGAUCCUUCGGGAGGCGAUGAAAUGAUGUGUGUCCAGGACGAUGAAGAUGAGCAUAACGCUUGUGAAAUGCUUUACCAACCGAUUUCAAAGAUGAAAUUUGUUGGACAUAGAAAUUCUCGGACUGCUAUAAAUGAAGCCUGUUUUUGGGGGAGGUGUCACGUCAUGUCGGGUUCAGAUUGUGGCCACGUUUUCAUUUGGAACCGUCAAACUGGUAAAGUCGUCUCGGUUCUGCAGGCUGAUACUCGUGUGGUCAAUCGAGUUCGACCUCAUCCUUAUGAGCCUAUUUUGGCCACUUCCGGUAUCGAUUAUGAUAUCAAACUAUGGACUCCGUCUUCUGACUCAGAAAAUAACAUAAAUAUUGAAGAGUUGGUAGCCCGUAACGCGCGCAUGCUGGAGGAAACGCGAGACACAAUUACGAUCCCCGCUUCGUAUAUGAUUCGAAUGUUGGCUUCAAUGACUCGAUUUCGACAAGGAAACAAUCGAACAAAUUCCGAUUAACAAUCGGGUAUCAUGAAAACUUUUAAUCCACCACAGUAUUUGCAUACGUUUUCCCUGCGAUGAUCAUAGAUGUCCUAUAAUCUAGUCUGUAUAAAUUGUUAGAAGUCAUUGGUUUUGUCUAAAGAACAUACAGUUGAUGUAUUAACAAAGA